GAUUAGUAAUACAAUCAUAUGCCUCCACGAAAGACCAAGUCAAAUUUAGAUAUAUUUGAGAAAAUAAAUGCUGAUACCGAAGAUGAGAUAUUAGACGAGUAUUCAGAGUUAUUAGGUGACGAUGACGACCUUCAUUUGAAGGAAUUACCUGAAUUACUACAAAACCUAAGGAUUCCAGCUAUAUUUACCGAUGAUAUUGUUGAGUCAGUAGAAUAUUAUUACAAUUUCAUACGAAAUAGAGAUGUUCUGAUAGACCCAUCAAAUAUUAAACAGAGUAUGUCUUUUCAAUUGAUCAAGGCUUACACUAUUACCAAUGCCAUACGCGCCCCAUCAGAUAUAAUAGACAUUAUAGAUAUAGACAAGCUCCUAUUCAAUGUGAAUCGACUAGUCAAAUUCAGAAAUAACUACAAACACAUUCGAGAAAGUUGGAGGUUGUUUGUUUCUGAUAGUUCCAAUAUUGAACAUUACAAACUUGCACUUCCUGAUCUUAAACAGGUCAAGAGCAACUUGAACUUGGAUAAUGAUCCUGAGACUAGGAAACCAAUUAGUGAACUGUUCUUGAUUGAUAUGUUGGGGUGUUGUUCUCAUGAUUCUAAUGGUAAUCUACUUAAUUAUAUGACUAAAGAAGGGGCGUGUGUUACUAUUAAAGACUUUGCAGAAAUUUUGGGAAACUUAGGUGAAUUGGACUAGCUUUCGAUAUUAGACUCUAUCUAUAAAAAUCUGUUUGAUACAUUGGAAUGGUUAGCUUGGUACAAACGGAUUAUUAUGAAUUUCAAUUCUUUCUAUCCAUGCUUUAUUCUUCCAUUUCCCAACUGGUUUACUGGAAGGAUGAUCAACAACUUCAAUGACCAGUUCUAUUUGCUCAAUUGCAUGCCAACCGUCAAUUAUUUCACCAAUGGCAGUAUAGUUCCCUUGAUCGAGUUGAUCCGCAUAUUUAGUAUCUAAUAAUAUAAAAAAUUGUGAUCCAAUGUUAUCCUCAUUAUUUAUAGUAAACAAGGUACCUCUCUUGACCUCUUUUUUACCGAUUACUUCCUGAUUAAUUGCUGCAUCAAGGGGAUGUUCAGAAUCUGCCUCUAUUGAAUACUUACUUCGAUUAUUCGGAGAUCCUGUUUGUAAUAUAAACUCAGGAACAAAUCUUAAUAUCCUGUUGUUUUCAUAUGAGCCUUUGGCGACAUGUCGCAUAAAAUUCUCUAGUAUAUGACUAUGUUGUUUUGUUAUAUAUAAUUCAACUUUAAAAUUUCCUGUAGUUGUAUAGAAAGUUAGUGACAUUCUUUAGCUUUUCAGAU